AUGGCACUUGCUCAGUUGCUUUAUAUCUUGAGAAAAACAACUCCAGACCUUCCAAAGGAUCCACGGACUCUCCUUGGUACCAAUGUUAAAGUUGUUUCAAAAGAUACCCCAGCUGGACAGUACUACCAUUUAGGUCCUUCAUUUAGGGAUGAGAAUCCAACAUCUCCGAGGAGCAGACCCGGGGAGCAUGUUCCAAAUGUUACUGCUACAGAGAAGCUGAUGCUUCAAUUAUUAACUGAUAUAAGACUAUCAGUCAGAGAGCUGCAGGUUCAAAUGUCCAAAGUAUUAGGAAGUCAGCAGCCUGAUAAUCUAGAUAUAGAUUAUGCUGUUCCUGAUGGCCUUACAAUUCCUGUGAGCAAUAAACAAGAACUAGAUCAGCUUGAAGAGGCAUUAGGAGAAAAGCCAGAAUUUCAAAAAUAUCUGAUAAAUUCUCUGGCUUCUCGUGGAGGUCACAAUAUUCCUGAUUGUGUUAAAAGGAUGCUCAGUGGCCUCAUAACAAACUCUCUUAUGAAAGAGAUGAAUUGGACUGGACAAGGUGGCAAGAUUGAAUUCCAGAAACUGAAAAUAAAAAUGAUAUUACAGAGGGCAAUCCAGAGAAAUACAGUUACGCAGCUCACAGAUUAUGAAGUUCAAGGUGCAGUCUCCCGUUUCCUUAAGGGGGCUGUAGACCGAGAAGGUGGUCGGCGAAAAAGGCAAAGACUACACGAGCAAACAACAGGAGAAAUAAUUUAA